AUGAAGGGGAGCACAUCGAAGGAAACGCAUUUCCGCGUGUUCAUUACCUCGUCAGCUUUUCAAGGCAAAAUGCAACCCGCACGACAUCGCAUGGUGUACGGCCUAUUCGAAGAAGAGAUGGCAAUGGAGGGGGGCGUGCACGCUUUGCAGCUGAGGACGAGGACGCCGGAGGAGGAAGAGAAGGUGAACGCUGCAGCCAGCUAG